AUGAGCAGUACCGAGAGCAACGAAAAGAAGAGACCCGUGUUCUUCAUUAACGACCACCAAGACAUCGUUGUCGAAAUCCUCAAACGCCUCGACGGUCGUUCCCUCGGCGUCACCGCCUGCGUCUGCAUCCUCUGGUGCAGCGUCGGUCGCAACGACUCCCUCUGGGAGCACCUCUUCUUCCGCCACGUUUCUCCUCCACCUUCCAGUGUGCGCUCCGUCAUCGCUGCGCUGGGUGGCUACAAACGCCUCUACAUGGUUUGCGACGGAUUCCAGCUCUCCUUGUCUUUGUUCUGCGUUGAUUGCUACGAGAGACUAGGCGGCGUUGACGGAAUUAAUAGUAACGGAGGCAAGGUCGCGAUGGAAUCCUCAUCGUCGUCUCUAAUGUUCCUUUGCAAGCCCCUCAACGUUUGA